AUGGGGAAUGGGACGGGGGCUAAAUAUUAAAUAAUUUCGAAAAAACUGACUAUAUCUGAAACAGUGCCACUAAUAUUGGCUAUUUGUGCACUCGGUGUCUCAGGCAAAACAAGAAACGGAUACAAAUGCAAAUAUCUGUUCUUACUGUCGCCUCACCGAAAAUUGAGCAGAAAAUUGUAAGUUUAUAGUAAGCAAGAUUUCAUCUUUGGUUUAUAUUUUGAUAUGAUUCUACAAAUUUAAGCAAUUGGGUUCUCGAUAUUAUUAAUACCCUUCAAUCUCAAACUAAAUUGAUUUUAUAUGAGGGGCAGUGAUAGCACCCAGAAUUUGAACUUUAUACCACUCACACCCACCAACUGUUUGAGUAUUUGUGUAACUGAAUGACAACUCUGAUUUAUGUGAGAAUAUUCCGUAUAUUGCUUGUAUAUGCUUUUCUGAGGCAGUAAUAGCACCCAAAAUUUGAACUUUAUACCAUUGAACCCACUAACCAUUUAAGUAUUUGGCUUCAAGAUUGGGUUUUUGGUGGAUAUUUUCAUGUGUAAGUGGUGAUUUGGAAAUGGCAACUUUGAUUUAUAUGAAAAUCCAAAGAGGGCACUUGAAUUUGGUUAAUUUUCAUAUUGGGAGAAGUUUUUCUCUGUGGUCAAUGAAGAAAGAUGCAGAUCUUGAAGCUGCAUUACAUAGAAACCGUCGAUGGGUAGUGAACAAUCAGAUUAAAAACAUUAUUAUGAGAUGUCCUAAUCAGGUUGCAUCAGUAAAAUAUUUACAAAAGAAGUUCAAGACUCUUGAUCUUCAAGGCAAAGCUCUAAAUUGGCUUAAAAAAUACCCGUGUUGCUUUGAAGUCUACCUUGAAAAUGAUGAGUACUAUUGUGGGAUGACUAAAAGAAUGAUGUUUUUGAGUGAAGAGGAAGAGUCUGUAAAGGAUAUGCAAGAACCGGUUUAUGCAGAUCGAUUAGCAAAGUUGUUGAUGAUGACCCGUGAUCAAAGGUUGAAUGUUACGAAACUUAAUGAACUGAGGAGAAAUUUUGGAUUUCCUGAUGAUUAUUUGCUCAGAAUUGUACCUAAGUACCCUCAGAUAUUUAGAGUUGUUAACCUCACUGGGAGACGGAGUUCGAUGGAGAUAGAGCUUACAGCCUGGAAUCCUGAUUUGGCUAUUUCUGCAAUUGAAAAACGGGCUAAAAAGGAUGGUCGAGAGCCAUGUUUUCCGUGCUUGUUGCCUCCGACUUGGGUUAAAUCAUGGGAAAGGUUUGAAGAUUUUAAUUCUACUCCGUAUAUUUCACCUUAUGCUGGAGUUGAUGGUUUAGUCGAGGGUUCAAAGGAAAUGGACAAGAGAACAGUAGGGCUGGUGCAUGAAUUACUGUCAUUGACCUUGUGGAAAAAAGCAUCGAUUUUCAAAUUGAGCCAUUUUAGAAGAGAAUUAUGUUUACCGGAGAAACUAAAUGUUUUUCUGCUCAAACAUCCUGGAAUAUUCUAUGUUUCUAACAGAUACCAGAUCUAUACUGUUCUUCUGAGGGAAGCAUAUAAUGGGUCUGAACUGAUCGAAAAGGACCCUCUUAUUGUUGUCAAGGAGAAGUUUGGAGAAUUAAUGCAGGAGGGACUCCACGAAUAUAACCGCAGACAUUAUCUAUUAAAUUUAGAAAAGAAGAGGAACAGAGGCAUGAUAAUGCCAAAGCCAGAGAAAAGGAGGAACCAAAAAUGCGACGAAACAUCAGAACCAGAUAAGGAAGGAGGAGAUCUAGGUGGCAUAUUUGAUCCGGAAGAGAGGAAACGGUUUUACAAAGUUCUGUUUGAUGACAAUGCUCCAUAAGCAACGGAAGAAGUAAACUUAUCCUUAAGCUCUGAAUUUCUAUUAUUUCUCUGCUUUGUUGGACCUAUUUUCGAUCUGCCAGUCCUGCUGUCUUACUUUGCAC